GAAACACCCCACACAACCCCCACCAGCCCAAACAACCAAUUCCCACCCCUCAGCCCGAAACCCUAACCCCCGCGCACCCUCCAGCAGCACUGAAAGGCCAAAACCUCUUCCACCUGCCCCAUGUUUCUCCGCCGUCGCAAAACUAAAAUCCAACCCGUAUUCUCCCUCCUCAUUCAACCUUCUGAAGCAAAACUCUCUACCCCUUGCAUUUUUUGGUAACAAAUCAUUCCUUUGAUCUCAUUCCACGCCUUGGUGGUGGUGUUGGCUGUCGAGAAGGGGUUUAAUUAAUUUUUAUUUAAUUGGGGGUUUUGCAUUAUUUUCCUCAGAAAAUGGGGAAGCGUGGGAAGAAUCAGAAGAAAAGCCCUCAAAUUUUGAAGAAAACUAAGCUGCAUAAUAAUAAGGAUGUAAACGAUAUGGAGGAUGAAAUUGAUGUCUUUCAUAAGAAGAGGGAUAUAAUUCCAUUGGAUAUUAACGAUGAUAAUGUUGAUUCUGAUGAAGAUGAUGAAGAAUUGCCUGUUUUUGAUUAUGAGGGUAUUGAUGGGGAUGAGGAUGACGAUGAGGAUGAAGAUAAGGAUGACGAUGAGUAUGAUGAUGAUGAUGACGACGAUGAAGAUGACAGCAACUUGACAGGCUUUGCUGCAAAAUUGGCAAGGCAGCAGAAAUUUAUGCGAGAAAAGACUGGUGGUGUUGAUGAUGAGGUGGAUGAUGAUGCCGAGGAGGAUGAGAAGAUACCAAAAGUGUGGUCCAGUAAAAAGGGCAUCCACUAUGGUGGUGAAAAUACCGAUUAUGAGUCACAAUCAAGUGGUGAGGAUACCCCUGCAGAGGAAGAGGAAGAGGUGAUAAAAAUGCAGAAAGAAAGGGCAGAGUCCUUGAGGGCUGAGGAUUUUGGCCUCCAGGGUGAUGAGCAAGAUGACAGUGAUCAAGAGCCGACUCUAGAGGAAAUGAUGGUCAAAGGAAAGACUAAGUCAAAAUCUUCAGGUAAUAAAGAAGCUGAAGUCGAUGCUGCCCUGAUGUUUGAAGAGGUGAAGAAAGAUUUGAAUGCAUUAUCAAGGGAUGAGCAAAUGGAUGUUGUAUAUAGUUCGGCUCCAGAAUUAGUUGGAUUGCUUGCUGAGUUAAAUGAUGCAACCAAGCAACUCGAGACCCAUGUUAAUCCCCUUCUGUCUAAGGUUAGGAAGGGGGAGAAUGCGAAGAAAGAAGGAUUACAUUAUCUGGAAGUGAAACAACUCCUGUUGCUUGCUUAUUGCCAAGCUAUUACCUUUUACCUUCUUCUGAAAUCUGAAGGGCAGCCUAUUCGUGAUCAUCCAGUUAUAGCCCGCCUUGUGGAGAUCAAAAACUUGUUGGAAAAGAUGAAAGAACUUGAUGUGCAUAUUCCAGACAACCUUGAGGAUGUGUUGGUCCAAACAAGUCAUAUUGCAAGUGCUCAGAAGCCAGUCGUGAAAGGACAUGAAUUAUCGUCUGAUCUUUUUGCUAAACUUGAUGAGCUCACAGGGUCAUCAAUUGAGAAACAAAAACCAUCUAAGUUAAGAGAAGCUGCUGAACCAGUUCAGAAGCAAUCUGUGGAGGUUAAUGAGAAAAGGCUUAGGAUGAUAAAAGACCAGGAACAGCCAAUGAGCUCAGAGAGUGUGCAAAUGUUGCAAUAUCGAGCUGGACUUCAGAAACAAUUGAAGCAGAGAGCCGAUUCUGUUGUGCCCAAAACCAACAACAGCAAGAACAUGAAACUAAAGAAAAUUCCUGGAAAGCUUGAAACGACUGAUGAUUAUGAUGAUGAUGUCAUGGCUUUGGAGGGUGCUACUCGUGGCAGUAGGCGUGCCUCCACUCUUUCUAGUAAACUCUCCCAGAUCGUUCCUGCCAAGGGAAACAGGCUCAAGGGUGUUUCUGGCGACGAUGACUUGCCAGAAAGAGAUGAUCUAGGAGAAAGGAGAUGGAAACACGAACUUCGGGUUCUGGCUAGAGCCGGAAUCAAGUCAAAAGAUAAUGAUGAUGCUGAACUUGAUAACGAGCCAGAGAGUUUGGGUGGCAAAACUGGAAAUGGAGCUGAUGCUGGGGAUAGUGAUGAAGAUAAUAACGAAUUUGCAGACUUCUACAAUUUAGUUAAAAAACAAAAAGAAGCCAAGCUUAAAUUGAAGGCAGCGAAGUUUUCAAGAAACCCACAAGAUCAAUAUGAACUAGAGAUUACUGCUGAUGGAAAACGUCACAUUUCCAUGCAGAUGGAGAAAAAUAGAGGACUUACUCGUGAUCGAAAGAAGCAAAUAAAAAAUCCACGGAAGAAGUACAAGUUACAGCAUAAAAAAGCGGUCAAUAGCCGCAAGGGGCAGGUGCGUGAAGUUAAGCGACCGAAGCUUAGUUAUGAAGGGGAACUUACUGGCAUCAAUCCUAGGAUUAGUCGAAGCAGGAGGCUGGGAUGAAGUUCUGUUAUUUGUAUGGGUGAUGGAUGAAGUCUAAUGUGUUUAAAAUUGGGUAGUAGGGUGGAAGAGUCUUACUACGGGAGCUAGAGAGUAGAGGUCUUUUUUUUAUAUAAAGAAAAUUUUGAAUUAUUUGUGUACCAGCUUGUCUCUAAUUGAAACAAACCAUAGUGUAUGAUAUAAUCCAUUUUUGUUUUUUUAUAAUAUUAUUUAUAUAUUUUUGUUCA